AUGAAGGGACGUCGACGUAUCUCCGCAUGUGAUCAAAUGGAUAGAGAUUUUACCUAUUGGAGUGAGAGAGAGGAAGAGAUGGUGUUGGAUAUAGUGGACCACCUGAGUGAAGAAGAGUGUGAGAUAGUGCAGGGUGAUCAUGAGAGUGAGGGAGAACAAGUUAUAGUUGUUGACGAUGAGAGUGAGGAAGAAAAAGAUCUUGUGGUGGUAGACAGUGAGGAAGAACAAGUGAAAAGGGGUCAGCAAGUGAAAGAAGAGGAGCGUGAGGGGGAGACUGUGCAUGAGAGUAAAAGAGAACAAGAUAUAGUGGUUGACGAUAAGAGUGAGGAAGAACAAGAUCUUAUGGUGGUGGACAGUAAGAAAGAACAAGUGAAAGGGGGUAAGCAAGUGGAAAAGGAGGAACAUGAAGGAGAGAAUGUGCAUGGGAAGAGUGAGGGAGAGCAAGAUACGAAUGAUGAACGUAAGAGUGAGGAAGAAAGAGGUAUGGAAGAUGUACGUGAGAGUGAGGGAGAACGUGAUAUGCAAGAUGUUCAUGAAAGCAAGGGAGAGCGUGAUAUGCAAGAUGUACAUGAGAGCGAGGGAGAGCGCGAAAUGCAAGAUGUACAUUAG